AAGAGAGAGAGAAACUUUCAAAACCAAAAUGAGCGAGUGAGAGUGACAUUCUGACAAGAAGCCAGUUUUCAGUACAGAACCUCAAGAUAUUUUGCUGGACUACUGUAGACCACACAAGCCUGGGGGACAAGGUCAAGCACCGGGCAUGAGCUCACAGAGCAGGCCCUGCAGUGGGAGGAGUGGAGACUGAAAACAGCUUCAGUAAAGCUCAUCUGCUUUAUCAGGAUGGGCUGUACUUGCAGUGGCCAGAAACAAGUAAAGAAACGCGAGUUUUACAAAGCAAAAGCAAACUCUCAGGCCUCCCACUCACUGAAUCACAUAACACGAAGUGGAAACACCUAUUCGGAUAAUGAUGACACGGUGUUUGUGGCACAACAUGACUUCAAAGCGAACAACGACAACGAACUACCUUUCAAGAAGGGAGACAAACUCAAGGUUUUACAAGAAAAUGGAGAAUGGUGGCUGGCUAGAUCGUUGCUGACUGGACAGGAGGGCCUGAUACCGUCUAAUUAUGUGGCCAGAGCAGAUAUGCUGGGGAUGGAAAAGUGGUUUUUCAAAGACUUGAGUCGGAGAGAGACUGAACGACUGCUUCUGGCACCUGGAAAUAAACCCGGCGCCUUUCUAGUUCGAGAGAGCGAGACCUGUAAAGGGUCCUUCUCACUGUCAGUCAGAGAUCAUGUCACUCCAGAACAAGGAGAUGUGGUAAAACACUACAAGAUCCGCUGUCUGGACAAAGGUGGCUACUACAUCUCUCCUUCCACCACGUUCCCAUCCCUACAGGAACUAGUGAAAUACUACAGCCGUACGGCUGACGGUUUGUGUCAGCGACUGCAUGCUCCCUGUAAGGCUAUGGCACCCCAGCAGCCAUGGGCACAUGAUGAAUGGGAGAUUCCCAGAGAGACGCUGAAAAUGGUGAAGAAACUGGGAGCUGGGCAGUUUGGAGAAGUGUGGAUGGGUUACUACAAGAACACCCAGAAGGUUGCUAUAAAGACCUUAAAAGAGGGAUCGAUGGCACCUGAGGCCUUCCUCCAGGAGGCCAACCUGAUGAAGCAGCUGCAGCAUGAAAGACUGGUGCGCCUCCACGCUGUAGUCACAAAGGAGCCCAUCCUCAUCGUCACAGAGUUCAUGGUCAAUGGAUGUCUUCUGGACUUUCUAAAAACAGAGGAGGGAAAAAAGCUGAAGAUCAAGAAGCUGAUAGACAUGUCAGCACAGAUAGCUGAAGGCAUGGCAUACAUCGAGAGGAACAACUACAUCCAUCGAGACCUCCGUGCAGCCAACAUACUGGUCAGUGAGACCCUGCACUGCAAGAUAGCAGACUUUGGCCUGGCCAGGAUCAUUGAGUCAGAAUACACAGCUCAAGAAGGUGCUAAAUUCCCCAUCAAAUGGACGGCUCCAGAGGCCAUCAAUUAUGGCACAUUCAGCAUCAAGUCAGAUGUCUGGUCCUUUGGGAUCCUCCUGACAGAAAUAGUCACAUACGGAAGGAUACCCUACCCAGGGAUGACCAACCCGGAGGUGAUCAGGAGGCUGGAAAGAUCGUACAGGAUGUCAGCUCCGGAAGGCUGUCCCGAGGAACUUUACGAAAUUAUGAUGAUGUGCUGGAAGCAGAGGCCUGAUGACCGGCCGACUUUUGAAUUUCUGCAAAACACUCUCAACGACUACUUUAUCGCCACUGAGGGACAAUAUGAGAUGCAGCCAUGAUCAAAGAAAAGGAAAAUGUUUUCCGCUGAUAAUCAGAAGGCAACGGAAAAAAAAGAAAGGACUGAGACUUGAAUGGAUAGAUGAUCAGCCAAAUAUCUUAAUGACUGAUACAAUUUUUUUCAAACGGGCAGAUUUUUUACUCCUCCCUUCUGAGUGAAUGUAAAAGCUAUUCAUGGCUCCUUCUGUCUCUAGCAGCUACUGUAAGAGCAUCUGAAAAUAUGUCGUCAAAGCCAGAAAGAAAACGUUCAAAACUUCAGACCAGAGUUUAAUUAUUCUGACUGUGCUCCAGCAAAUGAUGGCUCCCAUUCUUGGUGACAGCCAUGGAGUGUGAGGAGACAUAAUUAAGACUGAUAAACGAUGGAUAAAUACAAAUAUGGAAAUACUGUACAUGCGUGACGUAGAAAAGACGCUUUCAACCCGGGGAAGUCAACACAGGUAAAGUCACAGAUGAAAUAUUUGCAUGGUACAGAAAGCAACCUGAGAUUACAUGCACAAUACUUUGCACUUUUUACUCUGUCAGUCAUUCAGUGGACAUACAAAGAAAGGGGCUUUCAAAAGAGAAUUUAUAUUUGCAUAAAUGUGGUUUGAGAAUAAAAUAUUUACAUUAGUUCUUCGCUUUACUGGCUACAAUCACUAUUGUUACUACAAAUAGUAACAAAUAGAGUUCAGCAAAGUUUUAAAAGCUUUUUUUGCUCUAAAGCUUUUUUUUUUUUAAACAGCUUUGUGCUCAAUAAAAAUGGCAACAGUGUGACAUUAUAAAGACAUUCUGAAUAAAACAAGAACAAAGAGGGCUUGCAGGCACAGAAUGUGAAAAACAAAUAUGAUAAUCACACGUGAUCACUUUUGUAAGUAUGCAGAUGGAAAGUCUUUCUAAAUUCAGAAUGAGUUCAAACAUAAAGUGGGUGAAUGAUGGAAAAUGUAACAGUGAGAUGAGCAAUAGCGGCCCAAAGAUAAAAUACUAACUUAAAGAUAUACAUGUUUAUCUCAGUACGGAGCGUGAGAGACUACAGCAGCAUACAGGAAGCCUUUAAAAGCAACAGGCUUCACUAAAUUACAGUGGGUUUGAUCCUCUAGCUAAACCACCCCUGGGGGACUCAGACAGUAUCUUGAAGAUAAGAGAGUGGAGUGGCCAUGGCAGCCAGGGGUUAAACUCUGCCAUUUCCUGAAUGGACCGGAAACAGGAAGUGUGAGUCAGCAUUCCUCAAAUGGCUCACAGCUAGAACGAUCUCACACGCAAAACUGGUUGAGGUCUUGACAUUUUUUUGUGCUAAAAAACAUAUCUCUGUUGUUUGGUGGUUGAGAGACGGUCUGAGGAAAGCGCUUGUCUUGAUAUGGGCGAUAAAGCACCUUUGAAUUGUGAGAGAUAAAGAGACUUUCUAUUUAACAUAACUUCUACUACGAAUCGGUAUGAUGAAAUUUUACUACUAUGAAACAGUACACAAACAGAAGAUGCUUCUUUGCCAUACUGAGAGCUAUCUGUCAAAACUCAUGCAAUAUUUUCCAUUAUCAUAACAGUGAUUAUAAAAGCUUUUAAUAUGAGUGAGCUCAGAUCUUUAAAAUGUAUAUAAACUUUGGAGAGUUUCCAACUGACAUAACAACAGCGGGGACUUGUAUCAACAGAGAGUGCAGCAUCUUUAAUUUCCUAUAGGAUACAUUAAAUCCAUCCCAACAUCAGAAACCUGCCACACUGGCAAUAUCUUGGAUAUUAAUCUUUUUUUUUUUUUUUAAAUAAAAACCAGCGAAGACAUUUUAACUGCUGGUUAGAGUAUUUAAUGCCUGUGGUGUCUGUUUAACUUCAUCAGUUAAUUGGUCCCCAAAGUCAUGUGGUUCCAUUUCCUUUCUUAACAGUACAAAUAAAAAACAUAAAUCAAUAAAAGUCAGAAAUUUCAAAUGAGGAAAACUGAAUGAAGGAAAAGUAUGUUUUUCAGAUAUUAUACUCGUGUCAUCCUGCAGAGGUCAGUGUUACACAGCCUAACAUCAGGACUCAUAGUGUAACCUGAGGUGAAACUCUCCUGCUGCUUAUGUUGUCAGACAGUAGAAAAAUGCAGCUUUUAUACAGUUUCAAGUUCAGACUAUUCCUGAGAGGCGUACUGAUAGGAAGUCAAAUUUUAUUUAUUCAAAUCAAAGUAUCUGUAUAAUGAUACUUCAAAUUAUACAUUUACAUUAUAAUUUGUAAACAAAUAUACAAAUGAUAGUUCAUUACCAUGAUUCCAGUGUUAUAUUUAAAUGAAAUAUUUCAUUUCCUUUUAAUUUUGUACGUAGUGCACAUCCUCCAGAUGGCAUUAUGCACAUGUAUUUGAGUCACAGCCAAAAAUACCUCAUAAAUCAUGUUUCUGUCUACCAUCAAACCCCCUGCUAUGUGCUGAACAGUCCAACUGAGAACAGGCUCAUAUAUCCUAUCCAGCGUGGUGGUCUCAGACAUGACAGCGGUGCUUUCAACCCCGCCAAGCACUGAUCCUAUCACAGUUAUCUGUAUUCAUUUAGUUUUUAUCUGUCUAAUUGUUUGGCUUUCUUUGAAUC